CGAGAGCGACCUCUCUCCCUCCCUCCCUCCCUCUCGUUUCAGAUCUCCUCCACCUCCUCGCUUCCGCUUCCUUAAAUCCCUUUCUCUCUAGCUGAAUCUCUUCGUGGAUCUCUCGUUUUCGAUCUCACAGAGAAGGUGUUGAUUCGGUGAAAGAUGGUGGUCUCGGGACCCCUGACUCCUGGCCAGGUUUCAUUCUUGCUUUCUUUCUUUCCUGUGUUUACUGCAUGGCUCUACUCAGAAAUAUUAGAGUACAAGAAAACUUCUUUUCCUUCAAAAGUUCACUCAGAUGUUAGUCUGCCUGAACUGGGAAAUGAAGCAGCCAAGGAAGAUGAUCAGACUGUUUUGCUUGAAGGUGGGCUAUCAAGAUCAAUUUCCACAAAGUUUCAGAAUGCGUCUAUACGGACAAAUUUAAUCAGAUUUAUAACAUUGGAGGAGUCAUUCUUGCUUGAAAAUCGCUCUGUUCUAAAAGCAAUGUCAGAAUUCGGGGCAAUUCUAGUUUGCUUCUACAUUUGUGAUCGGACAAAUCUGUUUCCAGAAUCUACCAAGCAUUACAGCCGUGACCUUUUUCUCUUUCUCUACAUCCUACUUAUCAUUGCUUCAGCCCUGACUUCUCUCAAGAAGCAUCAUGACAAGUCAGCCUUUUCUGGGAAAUCUAUACUUUACCUAAACCGGCAUCAAACAGAGGAAUGGAAAGGAUGGAUGCAGGUACUGUUUUUGAUGUAUCACUACUUUGCUGCCUCAGAGAUAUACAAUGCCAUUCGUGUUUUCAUUGCUGCAUACGUGUGGAUGACUGGUUUUGGGAACUUCUCUUACUAUUACAUACGGAAGGAUUUUAGCCUUGCUCGAUUUGCUCAGAUGAUGUGGAGACUAAAUUUCUUUGUGGCUUUUUGCUGCAUUGUUCUGAACAAUGACUACAUGCUGUACUAUAUUUGUCCGAUGCACACCCUUUUCACUCUUAUGGUGUAUGGGGCACUUGGCAUUUUCAACAAAUACAAUGAAAUUGGGUCAGUUAUAGCUUUGAAGAUUAUCUCAUGCUUCUUGAUGGUGAUCUUGAUAUGGGAGGUUCCUGGAGUUUUUGAUCUUCUGUGGACUCCUUUCACUUUUCUUGUUGGGUACAAAGAUCCAGCUCCCUCAAAGGCAAACUUGCCUCUAUUACAUGAGUGGUAUUUUAGAUCCGGCCUUGAUCGCUAUAUCUGGAUUAUAGGAAUGAUAUAUGCCUACUUUCACCCAACUGUUGAAAAAUGGAUGGAGAAGUUAGAAGAAUCUGAAACCAAAUUCAGGCUGGCUGUCAAAGCAAGCAUUGUCUCUAUUUCCUUGGUGGUUGGUUAUUUGUGGUAUGAGUAUAUCUACAAACUAGACAAGAUCACAUACAAUAAAUUUCAUCCUUAUACAUCAUGGAUCCCCAUUACUGUGUACAUUUGCUUGCGAAAUUUUACUCAGCAGCUUAGAAGUUACUCUUUGACUCUUUUUGCUUGGCUUGGCAAAAUCACACUGGAGACUUAUAUCUCUCAAAUCCACAUUUGGCUAAGGUCCAGCAUGCCUAAUGGACAGCCCAAAUGGCUCCUUUCCCUCAUUCCAGACUAUCCACUGCUAAAUUUCAUGCUUACAACUUCACUUUAUCUACUUAUGUCGUACCGGAUCUUUGAUCUGACCAAUUCACUGAAGGCAGCAUUUCUCCCAAGUAAAGACAACAAACGUCUAGCGCACAAUUUCAUUGCCGGAAUUGUAAUCUCACUCUGCUUGUAUGUCACGUCAUUGGCUCUUCUCCAAAUUCCUCCAUUAUAGACAGGGAUGAUAAAAUGUUUGGUAAAAUUUCUCUAACUGGCAACAAAGAUGGAAAUUCAGUACACAGUCAGUGUCAAUUUCACCAGUGUAGUGCAAAAUCAUAAUGGUUGCACAUUCCUGGGUAUAGCUUGAACAGAGAUCAUCCUGGGCAUGAAUGUUCAAAGGGAUACACACCUGUUCAACGAAAUAGUUCUCAAACUAGUUCUGUGGAUUUUGCAAUCAGGUAAAGAUGUGAAGUUUUAAUUCUUUUUUUUUUUGGUUUGUUUUUCGCAUUUGGUUUUCUGCAAUUAAUGAGAUGAGUUUUGCAAUGUAUUCUUUGCCGAAUGAGAACUAUUUGAUAGGGUGUAUGACAAAAGUAUGUUCUUGCA